AGGUUUUCAGUUAUUAUGAGCUGAUUUAAAAAAGAACCCUAACACUCCGCACCAUGACAGAAACCUCUCAUUGCUCUCACCACUGAACAGUCUAUGACGUCAUUGUGACGUCAUCUGAAUCUGUGACGUCAUCUGAAUCUGUGACGUCACGCACCCUCUCAUGUCCUUGUACGAUGAAAAUUUAGUAGACAAUCCCUUCUUCCAGGAGGUCCUUCGUCAUGAGGACUUUCUUAACGAAAUCAUCGCCAAUAAAUUGACUCUGUGUGUACCAUGUAUAGGAAGUUUCAACAAGAAACACCAACUAACCCUGGAGGAUGUAGAAACUCACACUAUCUCCAGAGAUGAGGAGGUGGAAGGUAUGUUCAGAACGUACAACAACAGAACGUUAUCCACGGAAACGAAGGGCUUUAAAACCCUGGAUAACUUUGACGAAGAGAAAGUCGUUAAAGUACUGUUCGAGGAGACCUUCUUUCUUGAUGAGUCUAGGUACAUUAAUGUGAUCUGUGUUGACUCUAGGUUUGACUGUGCGUCACUAACCGGCUACACUGACAUCAAGUGUGACACUCUCCAACAAUGCACUCAGUUUCUAUUCGACGAGAACACUCCCUGGGCACGUGCACAACUGGACGACAUCCUACAGAAAUGCGUGGUAUCCCACAAGAGCGCUGGAAUGUGUCUCAAGGAGCUGGUUACCAACACCAAGAGGUCCUUUCAGAGGUGCUUGGACAUUGUGGAGAAGGACUUUCACUUCUCUAGGAAAGUCCUGACGAACCCAAACUUCCAGAUGUUCCUGGAGCUGAGCGUGGAGUUUUACGUCAUGACGUACCUCCAUCAGACGAUAUUCGCAGAGUUAUGCUACAUAUUUGGUGCGAAAGACGCGGCUGUUAACAAAACACUUCGGAAUCUAAGUCAAGUAAAACCGGGCGAGAUUGAGGAUCUAAACUCAGUGUUCUUCACAUCCCUGCCCCUGUCCCAGGCGAAGAUGGCUCAGUUGAACUGUGAGCAGAGUCCGAGAGAGAAGGUGCGGUUACUGUGCGACUGUUUAACGUGUCUACCUAACGCGUCCAGCACCGGACAAGCCAUGUCCAUGGACGACCUGCUCCCCUUACUCAACUACCUCAUCAUCAAGUCUGAGGUGCCUAACUGGCUAGCAAACCUGUGUUACAUGCAGCAUUUCACCUUCGCGCAGUACAGUCCGGACGACAGACACGGGUUUACCUUGGUCUGUUUUGAGGCGUCUCUGGAGCAUAUCCGGAACGGGAGUCUGAACUAUCUGAUAGCCCCGGCUAACCAGGGAAGUGUGGAGGCUAUCUCUCUCUAUGAUACCACUUUCUCCCCCAUACAGAUACUGCAGAAUUGUGUGUUAUUGAACAGAUGUGAUGAUCUGGCGCUCAUUCUAGGUCUAGUAUCCACUCCGGUCCGAGGGACUGCAAAACCCCUCCCCACCUCCACCAACUCCAGAGUAACCAUGGUAACCAGCUCUAACGACGUUAAGAGGUGCCAUCCUCUCUGUUCGUGUGAUGUUUGUGAGAAGAGCAUUCUCAAUCUGCGCUGGAAGGACAUUACUGUGGGAACUCCCUUCAACUCUUCAGGAGUGAGUAUCCUGCACAUAGCCGCCCAGAACAACUACACGAACAUGUUGGAGCUGCUGCUGGAGCAGGGGGCUGAUGUUAACAUAGUGGACAGUGCCGGACGUAGCGCGCUCCAUUUGGCGUGUCACCGCUCCAUCUGCGCUAGUUCCGUCCUACUGCUUAUAGCACACAAGGCUAAUGCCAACACAGGAGAUAAUUUGGGGAGGACGCCUCUACACGAAGUUUGUGAGCGAGGUCACACUGACAUCUUGCAGAGUAUGAUAUACCAGAAGAUCAAUCUCCGUGUCAAUGCAGAGGCGCACAAUGGAGACACACCGUUGCACCUAGCUGCAAGGUACGGUUACGGAGACAUUGUAUCCCUCCUGCUGGAUGUUGGAGCAAGUAUGAGCAUCAGGAAUAACAAAGGAGAAACCCCUCUCUCCUCAGCUCACAGCAAAUACAUCUCACAUAUACUGCAGCUGUUCAGCAGUGAGCUGGAAUUGGAGCAGAUCAAAAAGAGAUCAGUUACUUGUAACUUGAACGAGGAGCAAGAGAAGUUGUUCAGACUUUGCGCAGAGGGGGAUUUACAGAUGAUCAAACAUAAGCUUAAUCUAAGGGCAUUCAGAACAUCCAGCAUGACGCGACCCCGCCUGCAGUCCAUCAAGACGAAGUGCCACCCGCUGUGUCAAUGUGAAGAGUGUUUUGAAGCGGUGGAGCAGUCCCCCGUCUCCCGGACCUGCUCCGCAACUCGGAUCAUUAUACACUUCUCCACAUUGCAGCGCUGUACGGUCACGCUGACCUGGCUCUGCUCUUUGCGGGACAUUUUAACUGGAUGCUGGAUGCAGUAACUGCCCGACAUAAGUUAUCUCCCCUUCAUCUGGCCUGUCAAUACAACAACGAACCUAUAGUCGACAUCCUCAUAACAGCUGGCUGUGCAGUGAACUGCAGAGAUGCGCAAGGGAACACCCCGCUACAUUUCACGUGCACAAACGGGCACAGUGGGUGCGCGCUGCUCCUCCUGGACGCGGAGUGCGACAUAUCGCUAGGUAACGACCGGGGCGACACGGCCCUGCACUGCACUGCACGGUGGGGCCAUAUACCUCUGACUAACCUGCUCCUCCGGUACAAUGCUCCCCCUGGGAUUAAGAAUAAGGACGGUCUCCUCGCUCUACAUCUCUCCCAGUUCGACGAGCUGUUUACCAGGUAUGUGAAGCGUUGAGACGCGCAAUGGGACUAGUAUCGGCAGAGCAGAGUGAGGACGAUACAAGCUACACGGACUGCAACAGUCACAUCUCCAGUUCUAGUCCGAAUGUAGAGCGACGAGGAGAGGAGACCGAACCCUCCUCCUCCUCUAGGUGUAGCAGAGGCUUGAAAGAAGAGGCUGGGAUUGAGGGGACUGGGAAAAAUAGGAACUUGAAACUUCACUGGCGCUCAAUCUUGGAACGGCCCCGAAAAGUACUUUGCCAGACAGGACACCAACACCAGAUACUGACCCCUCAACCACACUUCCCGCCAUUCCCUCACAUUCCACAGAAAUCGGAACUGAACCUGAAAUGAACAGUCCUAUCAGCAGAUCUCUAGAUGAAUUAACCUCCUCUCGAGAGUCAAAUAAAACAAUAGGACCACGUGACAAAUCCCCAGAGCCGCGCGAUACGUCAUGUGACGAAUCCCCGGAGCCGCGCGAUAUGUCACGUGACAAAUUCCCGGAGCCGCGCGAUACGUCACGUGACUCUCCAGAAACCAGUACUGAUAACAGCGAGGUAGUGAGGGAACUGUUAUCAGAGUGUUUGCUGGAGGGAGAUGAUGAGUUUGGCGAGGACUGGGUCCUUCAGAACAGGCCUCUUAGUUUCUGUGAGGGUUGAGUUGUUAGGCGCACUGCACGUGCAUGACGUGGUGCGUCAUGCACUAGUUUUUAUUGUGGAAUCUUUGGUCUCUUGUAUAUAUUUGUAGUUCAUUUGAAUAAUUUGCAGAUGUUGUGCCUCUUCUCCCUAGUAUGUUAUAUUCCGAACAACUGGCAGCCACAAGAUUUGGAGGGGAGUUUUUUAAACACGUGUACGUUGUUUAUCGUUAAUUAAUAAUUAUGUAAGUUAUGUAUUAGAUAUCGAGAAUAUUUCCAGGGUUGCAAAUUGGGCAAAUUCAGGUUGUAAUUAACCUUAUCAAGAAAAACUUAUUAACUGGAAACAACCUUGAAAUUGAGUUCAAAAAGUUCACUCCCGUGUUAGUGAAGCUCUAGGCGUUGGGUUCAAGUUUUUAAUUUGCUUCAGACUCGCUUUCAGAAUCAUGUCAGUUAUACAGCUUGCUGUUUCUUGUCUUAUAUUUUAAUGUAUGCUAGCAGGAAACUAGGACCGUGUCCCAUAAACAGCAAAAUAAACAAAGAGCACACAACGUAACAUGGGUUUCUAGGAAUUUUCGCUGCCUUUUGACCGGGUCUGUUAUUGUGAGAUUUAAAUGUUGUCUAUUUUUGCUUUUUAGAUGUUUAAUGUUUUUACAACUCUUAUUUUA